AUGGAAGAUUUCAAAGAUUCUAUCCACCGGGCGGCUUUGUCUUUGGGAUAUGACGAGUCCAAAAUGGCAGCCAUAUUGGCGUGUUUCAUCAUGCACAAACCUCGGCAAAGGUCAUCUUUUACCAAAGCUGCACUGAAAACGCUUGAAAGCAUCGGAGCUCUGGAACAGUUUCUGAUGAAGCAUAGGAGGGAUUAUGUGGAUCUGCACCGCACCACUGAGCAAGAGAAGGACAGCAUUGAACAUGAAGUUACACUCUUUAUUAAAGAUUGCAAGGAACAGAUAGAUAUUCUCAAGAAUGGUAUAAAUGAUGAAGAAGCUAACUCUAAGGGCUGGCUUGCUAUUAGGGGUGACAAUUCAAACGCUGAUACCAUAGCACACAAACAUGGAGUGGUUUUGAUACUAAGUGAAAAGCUUCAUUCAGUCACUUCACACUUUGAUCAGCUGAGAGCCAUACGUUUUCAGGAUGCCAUUAACCGAGCAACACCAAGAAGAAAACUAAAGCACAUUAUCACCACAACAAAUUCAGACAUCUCUAGACCUAACAGUUUGGAACUCAGUGAGCCAAGCAAUUCAGAGGCCAGGGAACCUGUUGAAGUGCCAGAGCAAAUUAGUGUCCAGCAGCAAUUUUUGGAUGAUGAAACACGUGCUCUUCAGGUAGAGUUGACGAGUCUUCUAGAUGCUGCUCAAGAAACUGAAACGAAGAUGGUGGAAAUGUCUGCAUUGAAUCAUCUCAUGUCUACACAUGUUUUGCAGCAGGCACAACAGAUUGAGCAUUUGUAUGAACAGGUAGGAGCUAAGAACAUCAUUUACAUUUCCUGCUUAUAUAACUAGCUCUAAUUCAUACUCCAUCAGGACCUUAUGUUGUGGAUUCAUGUGAGUCUCCCAAGUAUUUCGUUCUUGGAUUAAUUAAAAAAAUAAAACACAACUACUUUGUCUUGAAUUAAUUCAUUUGUCUGGUAUCUCAUUCUCAUUUCUCACUACUGGUUUCAUGACACAAACUCAACUGAGCUAUAUCUGCUGUAUUACUUUUUAGGAAAUAUAUUUAAUUUACACGGAAAUUUAGUAUGACCACCAAACAACUAAUCAGCAAUCAAAUUGCUGGAAUAGUGCACCAUCGUCUGCAAUAGAUUUUAGCCUGGUUGAUAUGUUUUUUUUGCUGCCUUAGAUAAGUCUAAGGGUAAAGUCCCCCAUACCCCAUGGUUACCACAAUUCACUAAACCUUUAACGACCCACGAUCUGGGUACAUCGAUCCGAAAU